UUUUUCUCUCCCAGCAUGUUGACGCGUUAGACUUCCUGUUGCUGCCAGAUUUCUGCCCAAGCCUCCUGCGGGCCUGUCACAGGUAGCUUUUGCAUUUCUGGUAGAUGUCUUUAGGGCAACAAGCGCAGGCAGCACCUGGUGCGCCCUGCCCCGUGUGCCAACCAACUCCGUGAACGGCCCAGCACUGGCAGUUACACAGGCGCCCCAGGUGCCCAGCCGGUGGAUUUUGCCAAAAGGAUCCACCUUCUCCUGGAUUAUUCUGCAGGAGGGCAGACCCUCCGGCUUCCGCACGUGGGGAGAACAUGCUGAAGCUGGUGGCCACAGAUGUGUUCAAUUCCAAAAACCUGGCCGUUCAGGCACAGAAGAAGAUCUUGGGUAAGAUGGCGUCCAAGUCCAUUGCCACCACCCUGAUCGACGACACAAGCAGCGAGGUGCUGGACGAGCUGUACAGCGUGACCCGGGAGUACACCCAGAACAAGAAGGAGGCGGAGAAGGUUAUCAAGCACCUCAUCAAGACGGUCAUCAAGCUGGCCAUCCUCCACAGGAACAACCAGUUUAAUUCCGACGAGCUGGCCCUGAUGGAGAAGUUCAAGAAGAAGGUCCACCAGCUGGCCAUGACCGUGGUCAGCUUCCACCAGGUGGAUUACACCUUCGACCGGAACGUGCUGUCCCGGCUGCUGAACGAGUGCCGGGAGCUGCUGCACCAGAUCAUCCAGCGCCACCUCACCGCCAAGUCGCACGGACGGGUUAACCGAGUCUUUGAUCACUUUUCGGAUUGUGACUUUCUGGCUGCCUUGUAUAAUCCUUUUGGCAGUUUUAAGCCCCACUUGCAGAAACUGUGUGAUGGUAUCAACAAAAUGUUGGAUGAAGGGAACAUUUGAGAGUGUGGGUGAAGUAGGUGCCUGAUUAACUUGGAGGUGGAACACUGCUGAUUUAUGAAGGAAAAGAGAAAAAAAAUUUUAAAUGACGCCUAUUUCAGGAAGUCAUUUCCCCGUCCAGCUGUCACACACUGAUAAUGCCUUUAAGAGACUCGCUUCAUUUGGUGGGAAGCUUAUUGCCAAAAACUUUGGUUAGAAGUUUCUUAGUGAGUAAUAGAUUGUGCGAAGGAUGGAUGGUGGGUAGUCGAAGUACAAGCAUUAUACAUCCAGGGAAAACAAUAUGCGAUUCAAAAUCUUCAGGAAAUCUUGGUGGUGCAUUGGAUAUUUCUAACAUGUACAAAGUGGCGUGUUUGGAUUCAUUUUUAUUCCUUUGUGGUAUUUCUUCCCAGAAACCAAGAACUUUCACUGUCAUGGUUCUUCUUCAGAGAGCUCUGUGUUCAAGUCCCCCUUAUCCUUUGGUGAAAGCUUGUGGCCCUGGCUUCCACGGAGUGAGUCUGAGGCCAGCUGAGCCUUGAGAGAAGCCAACACUGCUUGCGUGGAGUCAGUGCUGUGGAAAUGAAGUGUCUUAGACUUGGCAGUCAGGCCCGGAGGAAGCGUGUGCCUCCGGAACCGAGUCCUGCUCAUUUGGUACUGCACAGUGAUUCUGGAAUUCUCAGCCAGGCCGUGACAUGUCUGGACCUCGAAACGCUGACUUAGGGCUUAACUUCCAUGUUAUCUUGAGAAUGUGCUGAUGAAAUCUUCACUUUGAGCUUGUUAGUUUGAACAUGUGAGAGACCAAGGGAAAAAAUCUGCAUUGGUCAAGAAACAUUGGCAUUAAGAAGGAUUUUUUUUUUUUAAAUCUUCAUUUUAGGAAAGAGGUGGUCUCAAGGGCGACGGGGCGGAGGGAUCCUCAGACCAAGAACGUGCGGAUGAAUGCAAUUAGUAUCUAAGAAGGUUUCAUAAAUAAAGAUGUCAUUUUUUAUUUAACCGAUGAGGGGUUUUUUUUGUUAUUAUUUGCUGUUUUUAAUGAGUAAACUAUAUUUUCAUUCCAAAAA